CAGAUUGAUUGUAUUCAUUUAAUUUAUUGUAGACUUUCCUUUUAUAAAUUCACUGUGUUUCCAUAUAAAUAGAUCAGCUGUUAGUUACUUACAGCAACAUUAUCAUGGUAUCAGAGCUGCCAUGGAUUAAAAUCUAUCGAUCUGUCAUCUUCUUUUCUUUUCUUUUUUUCAUUCUUGGUAAUGGCAGAAACCUUCUCUUUCAAUACCAUUGUCCAUAUGAUCACCAUCAAACUUUCAGCUACUAAUUAUUUGCUUUGGAAGAGCCGGCUCAUUCCCCUUCUUGAUUAUCAAAACCUCCUAAGUUUUGUUGAUGGAUCCCUGUCACAGCCGACUGCUUCCAGUGAGAAUUCUUCAUCAACAAAUCCAAAAUUCCUGGAAUGGAAAGCCAAGGACCAACAAAUUCUCAGCCUACUUCUUUCCUCCCUCUCUGAAGAAGCCAUGGCUGUCACGCUUGGACUUACCACGUCCCGUGAUGUUUGGCUGGCUCUUGAACGUGUUUUCAGUCAUGGAUCAAAAACACGUGAGAGAAGAUUGAAGGUUGAGCUGCCACUUAUGAAGAAGGGCUCACAAACAGUUGCUGAAUUUUCUGGAGACUUCAAAAACUUGUGUGAUCAGCUGCUGGCCAUUGGGCGUCCAGUGGAUGAAACUGACAAUUCUCAAUGGUUCCUUCGUGGCCUUGGUACAGAUUUUUCUGGUUUCUCUUCAACACAAUUGGCAUUAUCAUCGCUACCUCGCUUCCAUGAUCUUGUUCCGCGCGUGGCAGAAAGCUAUGUCCUUUUUCAGAAGUCAUUGGAAUCAAACUCUUUCGCCCCUGCAGCUUUCACAGCCACACGAAACUUCUCAGGCCGUGGUUAUCAAUUUAGAAAUCGUCGAUCUCGAGGGCCUCCAGUAUAUAAUCCUGCUGGAAGCAGCAGUCGCCAUCCCCCUCGCUAUAAUCACAAUCGGCGUGCCUGCAAUCCACAUUGCCAAAUUUGCAAGUCUGAUGGUCAUACUGCUGCUCUAUGCAAAAAAAGCUGUGACCGGACAGAUUCUUCAGCACGUCUGGCUGAUGCCUUCCAAAGUUCUUGUUCUUCAACCACAGGCUCUUCUGCAUCUGAUUGGUACCUUGAUACUGGUGCCCCUGCUCACAUGACACCAGAUGUGACAUCGCUGGAUUCUUCUGAACAAUAUGAUGGCAAAGACACUGUUAUUGUAGGUGAUGGGGCCUCCUUACCAAUCACUCAAUCGCGUCACGAAUCAGGUGGUGGCAACUGGAAGGCGUGAUGAUGGUCUUUAUGUAUUGGAGCGUGGUCAAGCUGCUUUUAUAUCUGUCCUUAAUAAAUCUGCUCUUUAAGGCAUCCUAUGAAUGGCGGCAUGCACGUCGUGGACAUGUUCAGUAUUCCAUUAUAUCUUUUAUUAAAUAAAAAAGAACAGCUUCAUCUAACCUCGUUAUUACCGAA